CAACUAUCUAAAGAAGCUAUCAGCUAGCAAGUUGUGUAUGGUAGUCAGUUUCCACACGGACACAUUAGCGUGAGGACCCAUAUUAACAAUGCGCACGCGCGGAUUGUCUGCUCGUCUGCUCUCCGCUUUCAUUCGACUGUUCAGUCUUAUUGUCGUCAGAGGCCAUUCCUAAUUUUUUUGUGUUUUUGAUUCUGCAUAUUGUCUCAAAGGAAUGCCAUAUUUUCUUAAUAGAGAUAAAACAGCAACAACCAUCGUCUGUCAAAUAGAGCUAGAAUAGUUGUAUCCUGUUAUAAGAGAAUAACUACAGUUACUAUACUGAAGUUUUCUGAAGUUACAGCUCGCUAGCUAACGUUAUUGUUCGGGCUGGGUGUGGACUGCCAAUGGCUUGUGUAGAGACAUCAGAUGACAGAGUAGGAGAGGUCCUGCUGAAAAGAGUGAUGCAGGAGCAGCUGGAUGAGGUGUUGUCAUCAGAGGUCCCAGUAGUGGUCUCCGCAGAAACCCAGGAAUUGGAGAGUGAGCAGGAGCAGAAGAUGGUGUUACAGCUGGCUGUGAUGAUACGUACCAUCGGAGACGCCUUCAAGGAGAACAGGGAGCUGGACGACAACAGUGUGAUAGAUGGAAUGGUGGGGCAAAUGACCAGCAAGACCAGCUACUGGAAUUUGGUAGAAAAGGUAUUUGAGGACGGUCAAGUCACCUGGGAGAGAAUUGCUGUGCUGUUCUACGUAGCAGGGAGGAUAGCUGUCAAGGUGGUGAUUGCUCACCUCCCCGAGUUAGUGAAGGACAUUCUGAAGUGGACACUGGAGUACUUCAGAAGCAAAUUACUGGACUGGAUCCAGAAACAUGGAGGAUGGAUGAACAGUUUCGCUGCGCUGGCACGUGUACAGGUGGAGAGGAUAUCCUCUAUGAGCGCCCGGUCCUCAGGGCUCAUCCUGGUCUUCCUCGGAGGUGUCAUAAUGGGUAGUGUUAUCACCUGGAAACUGGCCAGGAGGACCUGACACACACACAUACACAGUCCCACUCCGGUUCAAACGCAAUUGUUUGACGUGCACACACACACACACACACAAAUACAUUUGUUUACCUAGUCUAUGUAUUAUUAGUUACCUACCUUCAGGUUUGCUCCGGAUAAAUAAGAUGACCAGAUGCUGCUGGAAGUGGUGUUGGAGAGCCAAUAGGAAACACUCUUUCCUCUGGUCUAAAACAAAAAUGUCCCAGUGCAAAGAUUGGGGACAUUGCCCUCUGUCGGGUGCCAUCUUUUGGAUGGGACGUUAAAACGGGUGUCCUGACUCUGUGGUUAAUAAAGAUCACAUGGCACUUAUCGUAAGAGUAGGGGUGUUAACCCCGGUGUCCUGGCUAAAUUCAUCUGGCCCUCAUACCAUCAUGGCCACCUAAUCAUACCCAGCUUCUAGUUGGCUCAUUAAUCCCUCUUCCCUGUAACUAUUCCCCAGAUCGUUGCUGUAAAUGAGAAUGUGUUCUCAGUCAAUUUACCUCAACUUAAAUCAAAUUAAACUUUUUUUUUUAUCAGUGCCUUCAGAAAGUAUUCACACCCCUCAACUUUUUCCACAUUCUGUUGUUACAAAGUGGGAUUAAAAUGGAUUUAAUACUUUUUUUCCCAACACAAAAUACUGUAUUACAUCUCUGCACCUAUAAAAAGAGAGCCAUCUGUACUGCUAUUUUAGUUUUCAGUUAAUUUGAUUGAUUAUUCUCUCAUCAUUGAUUUCAUGUACUUAUCUCAGCAAUUUCAGGGUUUUCUGUAUAGUUAUCUAAUGUUGGUUUGGCAUAUUAUUCUGUUUUAAUGUUACCAAAUCUUCUUAAACACUACUGUUGCUCACAGAGUGAGUCCACGCAAUUUAUUUUGACUUGUUAAGCACAUUUUUACUCCUGAGCUUAUUUAGGCUCGCCAUAACAAAAGGGUUGAAUACUUAUUGACUCAAGACAUUUUUAAUUCAUUUGUAAAAACAAAAUAUCUCAAAACAUAAUUCUCCUUUGACACAAAAUCUCAAUGUAAUCCAUUUCAAAUUCAGGCUGUAACAUAAAGGGAUGUGAAUACGUUCUGAGGGCACUGUAUAUAUUAACCUACAGUCAUGAAACCAAAGUGUUGGGGCAGAGCUCAGUACAUUUUGUGUCACUACCCUUACGGAAAAAACAUGAAUUUCACAUUUUUAAUGUGAUCUUAUGGGAAGUUAAUAUGACAACAUGUAAAAGCAACAUGUGAUAAUAUGAAAUUGCACAUUUGGAACAUUUCAACAUGUGAUACCAUGAAACUACACCUCACAACAUUUGAAAGUUUUUCACAUGUGAAAGUCAAAAUGUGAUUUUCACAUAUGAAACUGCAAUUCAGAUGUGUGGUGAAAACAUGUUAUUCUCACAUGUGAAAGGUGGUGUUAACAUGUGAACUCUGUAUUGAAUACAUGUGAACAACUGUCCUCGCAUGUGUCUCUUUUGUUUUCAAAGGUGAAAAUUUCAGCUCAACAUGUGAACAGUUAUUUCACGUGUAUAUACGAUUUUAAAUGUGAAAAUAUGAUUUUCACAUGUGAAACUGCAAAUAAAAUAAAACUGUAUGUCAUCACAUGAAGUGUUCCAAAACCACAUGGUUUCAAAUGUUACAAAUGUUAAAAUGUUACAUGUGGAAAUUUCACAUGUGAAAUCAUGUGUUUUUUCCUGUAAGGGUAUAGCAUCAUGUUUGUUGGUAUCCUGCUAGACUAGGGUAUCUGUGCCUGAAAUGAGAAACCAGUGUAAGCCUAACAGACAGACAAUCAUGUUAUGUGAUUGUUGUUUUUUACAGAAAGGUCAUAUUAUUUUUCAAUACAAUAUUUUACAGAAAUAACACAUGAAUACCGAUUUGAUAUUUUUGAAGUUUAUAAAAAUGUAUGAAACAUGUAUUUUGAAUAAAAAACAUUUGGGA